GUGUCAUGCCGGCUACCCGGAACAAGGAGGGAUAUUGAAUGAGUAAAGAAAGAAGCAGAAAGCCACGUUGACAGGAGUGGUGUUUUGUAUUAUUGUGUGUUUUGUUUCAUUCCUUAACCGGUGAAUUAACGGUAGCUCCACCGGUUGGAAAACUUAUAGAGAAAGGACAGGAGAAGCCACAUCACGGGAAAGAUGAGCGUUGGAUUCAUAGGAGCGGGCCAGCUGGCACACGCGUUGGUAAAGGGCUUCGCAGCUGCAGGUGUAAUAGCUACACAGAGAAUCAUGGCCAGUUCUCCAGACACCGAUCUGCCUACUGUAGCUGGACUGAGGAGGAUGGGUGCCAACCUCACCACCAGCAACAAGGAGGUGGUGAACAACAGCGACGUCCUGUUUCUGGCGGUCAAACCCCACAUCAUCCCCUUCGUCCUGGACGAGAUCGGGCCGGACAUCGAGGACAGACACCUCAUAGUGUCCUGCGCUGCUGGAGUUACCAUCAGCUCCAUAGAGAAGAAGCUUCUUCAGUACCGUCCGUGCCCCAAGGUCAUGAGGUGCAUGACCAACACCCCGGUGGUGGUGAGAGAGGGGGCCACUGUCUACGCCACGGGGACACACGCCCAGGUGGAGGACGGAAAGUUACUGGAGCAGUUGAUGGCCAGUGUGGGAUUCUGUACGGAGGUGGAGGAGGACCUCAUCGACGCUGUCACGGGCCUCAGUGGCAGUGGCCCUGCCUACGCGUUCACGGCCCUGGAUGCUCUAGCUGACGGGGGAGUGAAGAUGGGUCUACCCAGGAGACUAGCGGUCAGGCUGGGGGCCCAAGCCUUACUGGGAGCCGCUAAGAUGCUGCUGGACUCUGAGCUGCAUCCCGGCCAGCUGAAGGACAACGUGUGUUCCCCGGGCGGAGCCACCAUCCAUGCCCUGCACGUCAUGGAGAGUGGAGGCUUCCGCAGCCUGCUCAUCAACGCCGUGGAGGCGUCCUGCAUCAGAACGCGGGAGCUACAGUUCCUAGCGGACCAGGAGAAGAUCUCCCCGGCAGCCAUAAAGAAGACCACCCUGGACAAGGUUCUGCAGCAGCCGGGGGUCACCCAGGGUUCUGGUGUCAACGGCAAGCCGGGCCUCAGCCUCAGGAGGAAUGCCCCCGGACCCACGAAGAAGAAGACCUAAGAACCCUCAGCCUCAGGAGGAAUGCCCCCGGACCCACGAAGAAGACCUAAGAACCCUCAGCCUCAGGAGGAAUGCCCCCGGACCCACGAAGAAGACCUAAGAACCCUCAGCCUCAGGAGGAAUGCCCCCGGACCCACGAAGAAGACCUAAGAACCCUCAGCCUCAGGAGGAAUGCCCCCGGACCCACGAAGAAGACCUAAGAACCCUCAGCCUCAGGAGGAAUGCCCCCGGACCCACGAAGAAGACCUAAGAACCCUCAGCCUGGCCUUCACCUCUUUAACGACCGGCGAGAGACUGGCUGGACAGUAGACA